AUGGCUACAGCUCAGACAUUGACAAUCAGACAAUCAAGGCGACCUCAGAUAAACCUCCAAAUCCAGUCGGGAUUCUUUACCAUUCUCAAUGAGGACAUCCGCAACCUGAUCUGCCAGUAUCUAUUUGGUUGCACGUGUCAGAGGGCAUACAAGGAGGGCAUCCACGUGCUCUACUCAACCAACGUCUUCAAGUUUAGCCAAGACGCCGGCCUGGACAGAUGGAUGGAUAGCAUCAAGGUGUUGCGGUGGGAUCUUAUCCGCAAGGUCGACCUGCGCAUUCCCCUCGCAGUGGACCUGUGGCAGUGGGAACAAACAUGGGAGAAACUUCGCGCCAUGCCAUAUCUGAGAUCCGCGAAGCUGCGCUGCGAGAGCAAAAUCAAGCUUGUUUAUCAACUGUCGGGGCGCCUCACUUGCGAGAUAAAGGACCCCUUUAAGGGAGGGAGGUUCUUCCUUCCCUGGGCUCUCAAUCCGAUGCUGUGGCCGAGAAUGAGCGACGAGAUCACCUUUGAGAUCCUUUUCAACGUCGAGAAGAGGAAGACUUUGGGGAUUCUACUCAAGGAGCUGAGGGCUCGGGAGAUGCGGGGGAUAAAGAUCGGAUGGGUCACCUGGGCUGAAUUUGAGGAAAUCAGCCGGAUUGUCGAGGCUGCCAGACCACUUGACUUGGCUGGACCAGAAGAACUCAAACGGCUUGACUUUUUUUCACUUCACAACUGGACCUCCCAGGAGACUAUUAAAUGCGGCAACCCUGCAGCUGAGAACAUUCCCUCAACCAACAAGAAAGCCGGGACAUCAUCCAUCACAACCACGAUGGUCCGGUUCGAGACAGGCGAUGAGCAGAGCCACUCAAGGUUCUUCACCAAGCUUCACCCCGACGUCCGGCGCGAGAUCUUCCUCCAUCUCUUCGGCUCCCGCCACGUGCACGUCAUGUUCAGCAGCUGUGAAAUGAACGCCCGGAAGUUUUGGAGGCAUGGCCAUCCACCUCUCACGCAUGUGGGCUGGCUGCACUGCGUGUGCAGGCCUGGGGCGAAACUUCUUCCUCAUGGGCAUGAUGAGUACACUCACAAAUGGAGAUAUUUGUCGACCAAGAUCCUGUGGACCUGUAAGAGGGCCUACGAAGAGGGCAUCGCCCUUCUCUACAGCACAAACACCUUUCUCUGCCAGAAUCCGAUCGACCUAAUCAACUUCAACAGCAUUGCUAUCGAUCAUGUGCGCUUUAUCCGCUUCCUGGAACUACACAUGUCCCUCUACGAACCAGAGACAUGGCGAAAGGAGACUGAUGCCUUCAGGCUCGUUGUCUCGACGCUCCUUGACAGGGAAAACUGGGGCGCCCUCAGGCUGGUAAAGAUCCGCGUGGUCGAUGAGCUGGAAGAUCCUAUUCCCAAGAGGCAGAAGCAAAAGGUGCGAAGGGAAACCCAGAGGGAGUUUGGCCGUGCUGUAAGGGCGCUUGCGGAGAGGGUUCGCGUUGAGGUAAUCUUGGGUGACAAGGGUGACAAGGAGAUUAUCCAGCCGCGUUCGCCUCUGGACCAACCCGGGCUCUCAUUUGUCAAUGCGAGCGAGCAUUUUCCGGAUCGGCAGGGAGACGAGGACCAAGGGAUUGACUCGGAUGAUGAUGACGCUUUUCACCGCGUCAUUGGUCGCGUCUAUAGGGCCGGUAUAUAA